GCGUCGUUUCCAUCGGAAUGCAGCAGCAGCGUCUCCCUCUCUGCUCUGCACAGCUUUAAUAGCGUUAACUCGUAUGCCAUUGCCCAAAGCGUGAAAUAAAACAGCAUCUGGUGGCCUCUAUGUGGUCAGAACGAGUCAUUCAUACCCGUGGCCUGUGUGUUAUGAGGCGCAUUUUCCUAAAUUACAAACAAACGGCGCAGUCUCACACUGUCGAGACGGGUUUUUUUUUAGCUCAUGGCUUCGUCAAACAAUUUCGUUUUGUCAUCUUCCUUGCAAAAUGUUUGUCCUCAAGGUCAUUCACUGCCGCCUAGUUUAGAGACUAACCCCUCCAUCAGAUCCUACAAUUAACAGGCAGGCUCAGCGGGACAGGUUGUGUGGCAAGCAGCGGGUGCAUAUUAAACACUGUGGUUUGCACCGAUUUUGGCUGCGGCGCAUAUUUCUGCUGUUUGUUGUGUGAAGGCCUGAGCCAAUGCAGUGUUGUGUGUGGUGGAGCUGCUCAGCCUGCUGUCAUGCUGCUGCUGCUACUGCUGCUGCUGCAGAGAUGUGGACCAUAUGUUGGUCUCAAGUGGGUACCUCAAUGUAUCUUGUUCAGUCAGAAUGAUGCAAAUGUUACCCUGCUGUCUUCACUGUUUGAUUAUGUGUUGAGAUUUGGUGCAUUUUUUUGCCACUUUAUGUCAUUUGCUACAUCAUGAGUCAAUAAUUUAUGAAUGUGGGACUUGUGAGAGGCGGCUCUGGUGUGGUUGCUCAAGCUGCCAUGAUGCCUACUGAGGCCCUUCAGUGUCACAAUAAUCUGCUUUGAUUAGUCUGCGCAUCGCCCACAGCUGGCUCAAAAACUAUACCAUAUGCAGAGCAGAGUGUUAUAAGCUUUAUUCCAUCCAGAUUACUGCAAGUGGACUAUGUGCUCCUGCACUGUUCUCACUGUCUGUGGAUUUACUGCAGCAGGGGCCUCUCUUACAACCAAGCACAGGCUUUGUUGUCAUUGUCAGAUUAUAGAACAGUGUUUGCAGUGGAAACUUGAUAGUGGUGGAUCGAACAUUUGAUGAACUGGAUCUGCUCUGACAGUUACGAUCCAGGAACCAUGGGAAAGCAGAACAGCAAGCUGACUCCUGAGGUGAUGGAGGAUCUGGUGAAGAACACAGAGUUUAAUGAACACGAGCUGAAGCAGUGGUACAAAGGCUUCCUGAAAGACUGCCCCACUGGCAGGCUGAAUCUGGAUGAAUUCCAGCAGCUUUAUGUCAAGUUCUUCCCUUAUGGUGAUGCAUCCAAAUUCGCACAACACGCCUUCAGAACCUUUGACAAAAAUGGAGACGGCACCAUUGAUUUCCGAGAGUUCAUUUGUGCUCUGUCCAUCACAUCCCGUGGCAGCUUUGAGCAGAAACUCAACUGGGCCUUCAACAUGUACGACCUGGACGGUGACGGCAAAAUCACCAGAGUGGAGAUGCUGGAGAUAAUCGAGGCAAUCUACAAAAUGGUGGGCACUGUGAUCAUGAUGAAGAUGAACGAGGAUGGUUUGACACCAGAGCAGAGGGUGGACAAGAUCUUCAGCAAAAUGGAUAAGAACAACGACGACCAGAUCUCAUUGGAGGAGUUCAAAGAGGCGGCGAAGAGCGACCCGUCCAUUGUGCUCCUGUUGCAGUGUGACAUGCAGAAGUGAGCCCUCCCUGCUCGCUCCUCUUCCCCGUCUGUAAUCCACACACUCUGGACAGCAGCACAUGUUUUAAUGUCUCAUUAGGUUCUCUGCCAUUUCCACAGGAAAAAAACAAUGCUUGGACUAUUUUUCAAUGGACUCGCUUCUUGUGGUUGUAUGCAUGAGAAUGUCAAAUGCUGAAUAAUUUUGAAUAUAGCUAUAAGAUAUCAUACAUUUCUAUUUCGAAACAUGCCAACGUGAUUUGUGCACAGUAACCCUAUACAUUCUCAUUCAACCCUAGCUUGUAUAUCAGUGGAGCACUGCAUUAAAUUAUGUUCCUGCAGUAUUUAGGAUCCCCAGUGUUCACUGCUGCAACUACUGUACGCUUUACAUAAUAGUAACAAAACAAUAAUUCCUAUGAUAAUUGUAACUGUCUCUACUAUCCAGACUUGUUGAGCUCUUGGAGAAUAGAGAGGCUCCUGUCUGUUCCAGAUGUUUUCACAUGAUGGAACCAAGAAGAGUAGGUUCUUUGCAUGCAUAUAUUAUGUGUCAAAAAAUAUAAUCUCUUACCUUUUGCAUCUUUAGGUGGUUAUAAAAGAGAAACCCUCCGGAAUUCAUUUAGUAUUGUUGCAUGGGAUGUACAGUAUGUGACUCAUCAGACUCUCAUUGUUCACCUCCAGUAACGUGGGAGCAUGCUUCCCUCCAUUUGAAACACGUGUAUGUGUGACACUUGAGUUUUUUGGAGUAUAUUUGGGUUGCAGUUGUGGGCUAAUCUCUGAGGAAGAGCUUUCACGUUGACGUUGUGUUCUGUUUUGCUUCAGUGACUUCUAGGAUGAGCAGAAAUAUAUAUAAAUGGAGCAGCUUUUCUUUAUGAAUUUACAGUACUGCCGCCGCUUUAACUAGAGGAAAUUACCGCUGUCAUUAGGCACAGUACUCAUUCAUUAUUCCCCACAAAUGAUCCAAAUUGGCUUCUUAUACCGGCUGCUUCUUUGACUUAGACUUAAAUGACUUAACUCAGUACAUAUCAACAUGUUUACAAGAAAGAAAGCACUGCAAAAUGAGUACAGUCUUGGCUUUUGACCUUAUUGCUGGGAGCUCACUCUCUUGGCUGGGGACCUUAUGAGAGGAGCGCCACUUCCAAUGCAGCAAAAAGGGGUUCAAAGAGCCUCCUAUAUGUUUACUGGACACACUGCAUUCCUACUUAAAAAAACUUUUUUGUAAGGAGAAACUUUUUAUUGAAAGGUCUCAUCUUCGAAUCUAUUCCGUUUGCAACAAUCAUUAAAGAUGCAGGACCCUCAAGAGAGGUGUUUGACAAAGCUGUUGAAAGAGCAUUUCAGAGUGCAGGAUAACUGAGUGAUGAAGAUGGUUUCAACGUGUUGUGGAAAUUCUCUUUCAACAGUUUUGCUUCCCGAUUUUUAGGCUAUGCAAGCACGGACCGAGAGUCUGCUUGUAGUCCACUUACAGUAGUGGAGGUUGCAGAAGCUUUUCACUGUUCUGUCUAUAACAUAAACUGAAACCAACCCUCACACUAUUAAUGUCUACAUUUAUUUAUACAUUUCAGUCCAGUCACUGAUUCAGAUUCUUUGUCUAGUAAAUGUUUAUAUCAAAUAUGAAAAAUCAUAAUACAAGUGACUGUAUUCUUUUAUACAUGUGGCAUGUGUUGCACCCAAAAAUAAUUCUGUAGUGAUUAAAAUGAAUAAACCAUCACCAGGCUUUUUCAAAAGACACAGUGGAGCAGGUGUGAUUAAUGAGAGUAAGAGCUGCAGACUUAGAGUGUGUUGAUGCGGAUGAACGGAUGGAACGCCUGAAUUAAUAGCUGAUUGAGUGUGCCUAAAAAGAAUGAGGGACAGAGAAGUGUUCAGGUUUUCAAAGAGGUGUAUUGUAACGAUGGUUUUGCAGCAACACCAGAUACAUAAUUGCUGUGGUGUGGUGUGGUUUUAAAAAGGGAGAGGACUAAACAGAGCUAAUGUUUGUGUCACAGAGAUCAAAGACGAUCAGUUUGAGUCACUCAAGUCAACUUUACCAAUAAAUUGUCUU